AUGAAUGCAGUCAACUCCCUGAGGUCUCUCAAAGCUUUUCCUGAAGUAUGCAAAUUCUCAAUAUCUCCACAGGCCAAAGUCCCUUUCUGCACAAUGCAAUAUGAACGUUUAUUCAACAGCUGUCGCGUUCCUGGCGAAGAGUGCGACAAGUUCUUCCACUGGGAUGAUGCAAAACAUGUAGCGGUUUAUAACAGAGGCUGUUGGUUCAAGCUCAUCGUACACAAUGGCAAACGAUAUCUCGAAGCCUGUGAAUUACAAGAACAGUUCGACGCAAUCUUGAACCAAGAGCUUGCUCCACAUCCAGCUGAG